GCUCCUCAAGACCAGGCAGGGGGGAGAGAAAGACUGGAGGCACCGACUGGUACUUUGCCAGUGGUCCACUCACUCAACUGCGUUAUCAGGUUCACAAAUGUUGCUUAAUUUGGAAGUCCCGGAAGUUUAGGGUUAUCUGCGCGAUUGACUGACAGGGAGGCUGGGUGAAGCGGCAGACGUAGGAACGAAUCAACCCGGGACAUUACAAAAGCGAAAUAAAACACUACGCCAGGAUUUGAUAGGGACCUAUAGAAGGACCAUCGCCAUGGAAACGCUAGUGCAGCGGCUGGAGCAGGCCGUGAUUCGUGUAGAGCAGGUGUCCGUCAACAUGCAGGUGUCCAAUGGCAUGGCCAACGGGGAAUGUAACGGGAUCAACGGAGGUCAGUCCCAGUGUAUGGAGGCCUUUGACCUGCUGCUGAUGGGGCCGUUGUCAGAGUACCUGAAGAAUAGCCGUGCCAUAGGAGAGGAUGUGGAGAAGCAUGCGGAGAUGGUGAACAAUGCUCUGCAGCUUCAGAGAAGCUUCCUCAAAAUGGCCACCACACACCAGGAGCCUGCUCCGAUGGAGCUGGCUGACCUGCUAAAGCCUAUCUCAGAGAAGAUCCAGGAGAUUCAGAACUUCCGGGAGCGUAACCGUGGCAGUAGCCAAUUCAACCACCUAUCAGCUGUCAGCGAGAGCAUCCCAGCGCUGGGCUGGGUUGCUGUGAGCCAGAAGCCAGUUCCCUAUGUGAAGGAGAUGAAUGAUGCUGCCAUUUUCUACACUAACAGAGUUCUGAAAGACUAUAAAGACUCAGACAAGCGUCAUGUGGAGUGGGUGAGGUCCUACCUGUCCAUCUGGACUGAGCUCCAGGCCUUCAUUAAACAGCAUCACACAACAGGCCUGGUCUGGAGCAAGACUGGUCCCAUUGCACCUCCCUCUCUGUUCACCCCUGCCCCUGGUUGUCCCUGCCCCCCUCCACCACCUCCACCUCCUGGACCCCCACCAGUCUUCACAGGCGAACCGCCCCAGGCCGACAGCACCACGGCCCAGCAUUCAGCUCUCUUCGCCCAGCUGAAUCAAGGAGAAGCCAUCACUAAAGGUAGCCAAGCCACCGUCACCCAGGGGUUGAAGAGCUCUGAUCCAACUGCAGAAGGGGGAGAGAGGGAGGGAGGGAAAAGAAGGAGGAGGAGAAACAGAAGAAGAAAGGGAGGGAGAGUUGAAGAGGGAGGAUGUGGGUUGAAUCAACAGUUACAGAGUCCUGAGAGCACCACUGCCCAGCACUCAGCACUGUUCGCCCAGCUGAACCAGGGAGCUGACAUCACUAAAGCAUUAAAGCACAUCUCAAAGGACCAGAUGACCCAUAAGAACCCCUCCCUUCGCACCCAGGGAGGAGAGCAUCAUGUCUCCCCACCAAAGAGCCGAAACCCCGGAGGCUCCUCCAACAGAGCGCCUCCCCAGAAACGACCCCCCCUGCUGGAGCUGGAGGGGAAGAAAUGGAGGGUGGAGUACUUUGACCAGGCUCAUGACCUGGUUAUCGAGGAGCCAGAGCUGAGACAGGUGGCCUAUGUCUUCGGCUGCAGCAACUCUACUCUACAGAUAAAGGGAAAGAUCAACUCCAUCAUUGUGGAUAACUGUAAGAAGCUUGGUCUGGUGUUUGACAACGUUGUUGGCAUUGUGGAAGUCAUCAACUCUAAAGACAUUAAGUUGCAGGUGAUGGGUAGAGUUCCCACCAUGUCUAUCAACAAGACAGAGGGCUGCCAAGUCUACCUGAGUAAGGAUGCUCUGGACUGUGAGAUUAUCAGCGCCAAGAGCUCUGAGAUGAACAUCCUAGUACCGCAGGACGAUGACUAUAGGGAGUUCCCAGUUCCUGAGCAGUUCAAGACGGUUUGGGACGGAUCCAAACUGGUGACAGAACCCACAGAGAUCGCUGGCUGAUCGCUGAUACUUCUUCGUCCUCAUCUCUCUCACACCCCCACUUAUUCCUCUUCCUCUCCUCCCUUUUCCCUCUACGUCAGAGAUUUCACAAACCCAUAUAGGCUGGCUAUUACAAGUAAUAAAAGGACAAAACAGACACUGUAACUGACUAGCUAGUAGUACUGUAGGUUGAUUGUAAGCCUGGUUGUAUCCAUUAAGAUGACUUGUUAUUGUUUCUUUCUCUGCACUUUGAAAUGGUAGAUUGUUAUGGAACUGUUUGUUCGGCUUAUUGGUUGCACAGCACUCUCCUCCACAAAACGACUGUACUAUCCACAGAAUUAUGGUAGGUCUACUAUUUAAACACGCAGGCAGUAUUUGUCAGGUUUCAUCAUGUGUAGAACUAGUUAAACUUGCAAACCAGUUAAAAAGUUGCAUUCAAAUUUGGAAUAAAGAGGAAGUGUAGCCAUUAUGUUUAUCUGUUAAAUCUGCUGGUGCAAAAUAAGGUAUUUCUUAAACUAAGUAUCAUACUUACAUGUGUGUGCCAUAGCAAUAAAAUGAUGAGUACAUAUGGGUACAAUAUAAUUACAUAUCUUCAAAUUAAAAGCAGAAAAUGCAACCCUGAUAAGACAAACUGUAUUAAGAUGCAUUUUGGAGGUGCAUUUUGAUUGGAGAGAACCCUGACAUUUCAGUCCUCCUUGGCGUUGUCAUGUUGUUUUGUGCACUGUUGUGAUUUUAUUGGAUUGAGGCAGAAAGUAUUGAAAAAUGAGGUCAAGCGUUGACUUUUGAUUUGUAUGAGAAGUAGGAUGAAGAGAAUGUCCCACAGAUGGAAUUGAACAGCCAGUUGGAGUAUGUUCCACAGGAUGUCCUAGCAUACACUGUUUUGGUUUGCUGUAAUACUCUACUAUACUCUACUAUACUCAACUAUUCACAUCUAGCUGUUGAGUCAACGGUUGUAUCAUGUUUAUAUUGCAUGAUAGAUUUGUAAAUUUAUUUUUUAUACUACACUGAACAAAAACAUAAAUGCAACAUGCAACUAUUUCAGUUCAUAUAAGGAAAUCAGUCAAUUGAAAUAAAUUCAUUAGGCCCUAACUAAAUGACUGGGAAUACAGAUAUGCAUCUGUUGGUCACAGAUACCUUAUUUUUUAAAAGGUAGGGGUGUGGAUCAGAAAACCAGUCCGUAUCUGGUGUGACCACCUCAUGCAGCGCGACACAUGUCCUUCGCGUAGAGUUGAACAGGCUGUUGAUUAUGACUUGUGAAAUUGCUGGAUAUUGGUGGGAACUGGAACACGCUGCCGUAGAUGUCGAUCCAGAGCAUCCCACACAUGCUCAAUGGGUGUCAUGUCUGGUGAGUAUGCAGGCAAUGGAAGAACUGGGACAUUUUCAGCUCCUGGGAAUUGUGUACGGAUCCUGGUGAUAUGGGGCCGUGUAUUAUCAUGCGGAAACAUAAGGUGAUGGCGGCGGAGGAAUGGCAUGACAAUGGGCCUCAGGAUCUCGUCACGGUAUCUCUGUGCAUUCAAAUUGCCAUCGAUAAAAUACAAUAGUGUUCAUUGUCCGUAGCUUAUGCCUGUCUGUAUCAUAACCCCACCGCCACCAUGGGGCACUCUGUUCACAACAUUGACAUCAGCAAAUCGCUCGCCCACACGACACCAUUCUCGUGGCCUGCGAAUGCGGGGCCGGUUGGACGUACUGCCAAAUUCUCUAAAACAACGUUGGAGGUGGCUUUUGGUAGAGAAAUUAACAUUCAAUUCUCUGGCAACAGCUCUGGUGGACAUUCCUGCAGUCAGCAUGCCAAUUGCACACUCCAUCAACGUUUUUUUUUUUUUUUUUAACAUCUGUGGCAUUGUGUUAUGUGACAAAACUCCACAUUUUAGUAGCCUUUCACUGUCCCCUGCACAAGGAGCGCUUGUGUAAUGAUCAUGCUGUUUAAUCAGAUUCCUGAUAUGCCACACCUGUCAGAUGGAUGUAUUAUUUUGGCAAAGGAGAAGUGCUUACUAACAGGGAUGUAAACAAAUGUGUGCACAUUUGAGAGAAAUAAGCUUUUUGUGCUUAUGGGACGUUUCUGGGAUCUUUUAUUUCAGCUCAUGAAACAUGGGACCAACACUUUACAUGUUGCAUUUAUAUUUUUGUUCAGUGUAUAUUGCAUUGAUAGCAGACUAGAUGUCAGUAUUACUCAAGCAAGUGCAAAUGUCAUAGUGAAAUGGAAGGUAAAAAAUGUAAAGGAUAACAAUAGCGAGAGUUUAAUUGCAUUUGAUAUCUAGUUUGUAAGAUAUAACUUGCUUAUCUCUUGUUCAUGUGCCUAACCCAAAUACAUAUGGUUGUAGCAUCACCACCAAUAGAUUGUUCUAAUAUUACCAGCUCUGUAUUUGUAAGCCUUAAUAUGCGUAGAUACAAAUCAACAUAGAGAGAAAUGUUUGUCGUCAUGUUCAAUGCGCACUGAAGUCUUGUCUAUAUAACUGUUAGUCGGAAUACCCUACUGUAAAACAAAAUUGUUUUCAUUUCUUUAAUGCAUUUUGUAUUGGGGCACAAAUGCAUUCAGUAGCACCAUCCUUUUGAGAGGAAAUACACCAGUAGUGCUUGUCACAUGUUCUAAUUCAUACCCAGCAGUGAAUUUAGUGUAUGUAAAUGUCUAUUGUUUUUUCAAAAUUAAAACUAAACUUUAA